AUGCCCGCCGAUAGCUCCGCAACACCAAGUUCUCAACAUCAGACAGAGGUCCCAUCGCAUCGAGAAUCACAAACCACACAGGAUUCUGGCACGGUUGCUACAACUUCGACCAAGGCUUGUGAAUUUGAGGAGUUUGAGUACAUGACUACGUAUCCCUUUUGUCCUGGGUGUUGUGAGGAUUGGCUAGUCAGUGCUGCUGCUUAUGAUGAGGGGAUUGAGAGAGGGAGGGAGAGGGAGAGGGAGAGGGAGAGGGCUGAGAGGGAGAGGGCUGAGAGGGAGAGGGCUGAGAGGGAGAGGGCUGAGAGGGAGAGGGCUGAGAGGGAAAGGGAGGAACUCCGUGCAGAGAGUCAGCGCCCAAGGGAGUGGAUGGUCUUUUGGUCUGGUCUAGGAUGA